GUCAGUCGGUUUCGCCCCGCGGAGGAGUGCGGAGCUGGGGCGGGAGGCGGUCGGAGCCAUGUCGCUGCCGGGCUCGCCGAUGUCCGCCGGGCCGCGCUGGGCCCCGACCCACGUCCAAGUGACGGUCCUCCAGGCGCGGGGGCUGCGCGCCAAGGCCAAGGGCGGCGGCGGCGGGAGCGAUGCUUACGCCGUCAUGGCGCUGGGCAAGGAGAAGUUCGCCACCUCGGUGGCCGAGCGGUGCCAGGGCUCGCCCGUGUGGCGCGAGGAGGCCACCUUCGAGCUGCCCCCGCCGCCGCGGCGCGGCCUGUCCGGAGACGACGAGGGGGGCAGGAGGGGCACGCAGCCCGCCGUCCUCCAGCUCAGCGUCUCCCACCGCGCCCUGCUGGGCCUCGACAAGUUCCUGGGCCGCGCCGAGAUCAGCCUGGCCGAACUGCAGGACGAGGGGGGCCGGCGAACUACGCGAUGGUAUAAGCUUCACUCCAAACCGGGGAAAAAAGAAAAAGAGAGGGGCGAGAUAGAGGUGGACAUCCAGUUCAUGAGGAGCAACAUGACAGCCAGCAUGUUUGACCUGUCCAUGAAAGAUAAGUCCCGGAGUCCAUUUGGCAAGCUGAAAGAUAAACUGAAGGGGAAACGGGGAAAUGGAUUGCCAGACACAGCUUCAGCGAUUGUUCCUAGCAUAACUCACUCGCUCGCUGGCAGUGACGAAGAGUCAAAUGAGAAAGAGAAAGAAAAGAAAAAGUCAAAAUUCAAGACACUGUUUUCCAAACCAGGCUUGCAGAAAAGCAACAUCUCUCAGUCCAUGUCUGUGCUACCUUCUCUCCAACCAGUUUCAGAGAGAGUUAGGCUUAGACCAAGUGACUUUAAGUCACAGUGGGACGACGACGAUGAAGAUGAUGACACUUUAACUCCAGUCUCAGAGAAACCCCCUGCAAACAAAGCUGAAGAUAACUUUCUUUAUCCUCCUUCUGGAAGAUCUCAUAAGAGAACAGGCAGUGCAGAUUCCAAGCAGUUGAACACAAUUGCUUCCAGCAGCGCCAAGAAAGAUGGGCAUUCUUUAUUUGGUGGUCUGAAGUCCAAAAAUGACCCAGUUUCCCGUUCCAAUGUAUGUAUCAAUGGCAGCCAUGUUUAUGGGGAAGAGUGUGAACCAAAGAGUGACACUAUUCCAAGAGAGAACACUCCAUCUUCCCCUUUCCCUUCCCCUCAGACAUCCCGACGAAAGCAUCUCUUUUCAUCUCAAGAGAACUUGACUUCCAUUCCCAGUAAAGACCCUGAAAUGACUGGAAGACUGUCUCUGGACAGCGGAGUGCCUGAGUCUGCCUCACUGGAGUCCUUUAAAGCCAUGAGUCUGCCAUCAUACAAACUGCUUAGUGGUGGGGACUUGCUAGAAAGUAGCACUCCUGUGAUUUCAGACACUUCAAAAGAAAGUAUAACUAAAGAGAUCAAAAAGCAGGAGAACUUCAAGUCUUCCUUGCUAUCCCUUGUAACAGGAAAAAAAGAAGCUGAAAAUAGUUCUGAGAUUUCUGUGAAGGGAAAGGAAGUGAAACGUAAUGAGAGAGAAUUGGCAGGAAAAGAGACAAACCCCUUUGAAGUCCCUGUGGAUUGCAGAAGAGACCAAGGCCCAGAUAAGAGAAAAUCUACAAAUGCCCCUGCUCCAAAGGCAUCCCUCAAUCCUUUUACGGAAAACAUCGAAGAAGAGAAACCAGAAAAAAGUGCAGCGUCUGUGAAACCAUCCCAGGCCAAACCCAUCAAACCCAGACUGGGCGUGUCUUCAGAGGAUGAAACCAAAGCCAUUUCUACUUUUUCUGUACCUCCCACUCUUUCUCCGUUCUGUCUUUCCCAUCCUUCUACCAAUGACAACAACCCUUUUAGCUCUAAACUUGGUCCAGAAUGGAAAAGUGAGGCCUCCAAUACUUCUGCUAGUCCUUUAUUAAAACUUUCUGCACAGCAGGGCAAUAACCCUUUCACUCCUAAAUGGGGACAGGAAUCCAAAGAAGAUGAUCCAGAACGCGUUACAGCUGCUCCUUUCUCCCAGCCUGCUCCAGUUGCUGGCAGUGAGAACAAUCCUUUUGCUUCUAAUUGGAGGCAGGAAUCUCAGCCCGAGAAUCCUGAAAACUUGACUAAAUCUCCCGUGUAUCUCUCCCAUCCUCCUCCAAAUCCUGUCCAGGAAGAUCCUUUAGUAUCUACACUGGAAAAGGGUUCUGAAAGUAUUAACAGCCCUCCCACAUCUGUUGCCUUUCCUUCUACUGCUUCUGACCAAGAGCCUGACACUUCAUCAGACAGCUUUGCUAGUCCGGAGCUCCUUCCCAUUGUGCCUUCAGAGAAGCCUCAGAGUGAAGGUCAGGCGGACCCCGUGGGGGCUGUCUCUGGGUCUCUUUCUGGACGUCAGCCUGUACGUUUUUAUGACCAGAUUGGGCGGAUCCUAAAGUCACAACGAGAUGACAAGGAAGUGCAAGUGGUGGCACCAUUUAAAGAGAACAGUGGCAGCACGAAGAAGUCUGUGACCUUUGCUGUUGAUGACCCGAGAGCCAACGAUAGAGUAAAUAGUGGUGAUGAGGUUUCAGAUGAAGAUUCGGCUGAGAGCUGGCCUCAUGGGGAAAGUGAGAAUACAGUAGAUCUCGCUGGAAGGGAAGGGACAGAAAGAUGUGAACUGAAUAUAGAGGAUUGCUCUUCAUCUGGGCCUGAUGAUGGAAGCAUCACGGCAGUUCAUAACAGUAGGAGCCCCUUCGAAAGAGAGGAUGAAAUCAGCCCUUCAGUUAAAAGAGAGCCACCAGUACCAAUCCCAAGGGUCCUUGGACUGUUACCUAAGGAAACAGACAUGUCGAGGACAGCACUGAGUAGUAGUACUUCUUCUGAACCGCCGCCACAGCCAGCCCCAAGAAGUGUUCUAAAGUUAAAAAAGGAGCCUUUUUCUCUGCCUGAACCAAAGCUAAAAGAUAUGAUGAGUUCUUCAGAGUCACAGUUGCACGCAGACACUUCUCUACUCUCCAGUGAAAACCCAACAGCUGUUAACUUUGUUGCAACUACACUUAAUCCUGAGAGAGAUGACGAACUUUCUCAGAGUAUUAAUACAAAUCACUCUGACACUCCCACAGGCAAACAGCUGGACACUUUAGCUGCUGGAGAAUUGCACCUAAAACCAGCUGCCCUUCCGGUUAUUCCUGAAGUAGGAUCUGAUGAUGAGCAGCUAAGUGACAUCCAAAAAGACCAUGAAAAGAGGGCAGUGUGUGAUGACCUGUCCAGCACCAGGGAUGGUUCUUCACAGUUACAGUCUUCCAUUAAGGAAAGGGAGCAAACCUCAGACAAAAAGGCUACUGGUGAGAGACAGGCUAUAUCACCACUUGUGAAAAAGACUGGUUUUGAUGACUAUUUUAAAUGGAACAAGUCGUCAGCCUGUCCUUCGGCAGUAGUACUUGAGAAUGGAAAUGAGAGCAUAAAGGGGUCAGAACAGAAGGAUGGCAGUUUGAAGGAAAGCAGAAUGGGUUAUUGUCCUGAAUUCUCUGAUAAGUCUGUUGCCUCUCUGUCCAGUUCUUCUCAGCCUUACUCUGCUCGUUCUUUCCAAUCUGAUAUUCUCAGCUCUAAUAAGGCAGAAUCUCCGAAAAAAUCUGCAACGGAGGGCAUGGAUGUCAAAGUGGACAGGUCUGACAAGAAGAAGCUGCUUCAGGCAUGGGUUUCACCCUCUGAAACACAUUCCAGUCAAACUCAGCAGAGUGGUGGAACUGUGCCUGCUAAGCUCAGACUUCAUCCUGUGAAGCCAAUGAAUACUACAUCAAAUAAACCACCUGCAAAAACCUUGAACAUCACCACAAAAAUCCUGGAUAACCAAAAUGAAACCAAUCUAAAGAAAUACGACCCUUCCGAUCCUGCUUAUGCUUAUGCUCAGCUAACUCAUGAUGAGCUGAUCCAGCUGGUCUUAAAACAGAAAGAUGUGAUAGCAAAGCGAGAUAACCAGGUGCAGGAACUGGAAGACUACAUUGAUAAUUUGCUGGUCAGAGUCAUGGAAGAAACCCCAAAUAUUCUUCGGGCACAGCCCCACAUGAACAAAAAAGCCGGAAGAAUGUAA